GUGUCAUCUGCUUGCACUGUUACAGGUCUGUUAAUGAUUAUACCCUUGAUUCAGACUAGGGCUAAAAAACAAAUAGGGUCGAGGAUUGCAGCUAUACACGAUUAACGAAGCAGGACUACUGUAUACAACAGCUUGGGGAAGACUGCUAGAUUUAGGAAGAAGUGUCAUGGCGCAAAGUGUCCUGUGUGUGUUGUGGUGUUGCUUUUCCUACGUAUUGAUGUACACAAGCGUACACGGAGAUCCGCAACAACAUUCCGAUUCUGACGAUCGUGAAAACCAUGUGAAAGCACUGAGCGAGAUGAACAAUGAUUUUGCUUUCCGUCUGUACAAAAGCAUCGUGUCUGGUGCUGGUGCUCAGUCCCAGAACGUGUUCUUCUCUCCGCUGAGCGUGUCCAUGGCUCUGGCUGCCCUGUCUUUAGGAGCAGGUGGUGAGACUCAUCAACAGCUUUUCAGUGGCCUCGGAUUCAACAGUUCUCUCUUCACCAGUGAAGAAAUGCACCAAGCCUUCCUCGAUCUCCUCCAAAACCUCAAUCAGAGAACAGAGUUAGAUCUGAACGUGGGCAGUGCCGUCUACGUUAACAGCACCUUUAAACCACGUCCGGAAUUUCUGGAGAAUCUUAACCGUUUCUAUCUUUCUGAAGGUUUCUCCGUCGAUUUCUCCAAGCAAAAAGAAACCGCUAAACAGAUAAACAAAUAUGUCAUUGAAAAGACCCACGGAAAAAUUAGGAAGUUCAUCAAAGUCUUGGAUACACGUACCAUCAUGUGUCUGAUCAGCUAUAUAUAUUUUAAGGGCAAAUGGUCCAUCCCAUUUCGUCCCCAAAAUACUAGAAAGGAAGAAUUUUAUGUGGAUAAGGAAACGACUGUUCAAGUUGAAAUGAUGUACGAGAGGAAUCAUUUUAACGCCUACUUUGAUCCUGAACUCUCCACCGUUGCUGUUCGUCUGGAUUAUAAUGACUCAUUCUCCAUGAUACUGGCUCUACCUGAUGAUCUCAAUGUUCUGCAAGAGGCUUUACAUCCACACCAUAUAGCUCACUGGAACAGACAAAUGAGAAAAAGAAAAUAUGCGCUCUUCCUUCCUAAACUGUCCCUGAAAACUUCAUAUUUCCUGAAUAACAUUCUGGCUCGAAUUGGCAUGAAGGAUUUAUUCACAGAGAAGGCUAACUUCACUGGGAUUACUGACGAACAAGUAUACAUUUCUGAGGUUGUGCAUAAAGCUACGUUAGAUGUGGACGAAACCGGAACCACUGCAACAGCUGUGACUAGAAUACAUUUUGGAGCACGUUCACGACCAUCAUAUCUGCAAUUUAAUGAACCGUUUAUGAUCUUUAUCAUUGACCAGAAAACAAAGAACAUUUUGUUUAUGGGAAAAAUUGUCAAUCCAGCAAAUUCUGAGAUAACUGAUGAAUAAUAUAAUGUUUUUAAAUCUAUAAAAUGAGAUUUAGAAGAAUAUUCUUUUUUUUUUUUUUUUUUUUUCUUUUGUAGCUUUUGUAGAAUUUUAUAGUGCAUGUUAUUCAACACACAUUUUCAUACUCAUACUCCAAACACUUAUUGAGACUUGAGUAAUCCUGAAACUGGGUUUAGAAGAUCUAAUUUUUAAUGUUUUAGUUUUAAAUCUUAGAUUUUUAAUUGUAAUACAUCAAUGUUAUCUGUCAGUUUGAAAUCCGCCUGCUUCCUGUGAUGUCACAGUGCACUUCACAGUUGACCAAUCAGCAGCUCCGCAUUUAGCUGAGAUGGGUCGUGUGCGAUGACUUUUCAUGCUACACACGCUUCUGGCAACUGUCGGUAGAAUUGUAAAUGAAUUAAAAAAGAAGGACAUGCCAUUA